UCAAUUCAACCUUGCACCAUCACGACCGGCAAAGCCGGCGAGCCAUGCGUCUGUGCGUGUCCACGUCCACGCGCCGUGCGCGCCACCCUUCCUGCGGAACUCACUACUGGAGGCUGAGGUCGCCCAACGAGAAACUCCCUCUUGCAAAAAAUAAUGAACAACAAAUUUGACGCUCUGAAAGAUGACGACAGCGGUGACCACGAACAGGACCAAGGCUCACCGAAAGACAGUGAGAAGGAAAAAAGUGAAGACGAUGACAAGGAGCAGAACUCUACACGGAUAAAGAUGGUGAUCCCGGGGGCGGGCGAGCACCCUCUUCAGUACAACUACACGUUUUGGUACUCCAGGAGGAACCCGGGGAGGCCGGCCAGCACUCAGAGCUACGAGCAGAACAUCAAACAGAUCGGCAGCUUCGCUUCGGUGGAGCAGUUCUGGCGUUUCUACAGUCACAUGAUUCGACCGGGCGACCUAACGGGCCACAGUGACUUUCACCUCUUCAAAGAAGGCAUCAAACCCAUGUGGGAGGACGACGCCAACAAAAUGGGCGGCAAGUGGAUCAUCCGUUUGCGGAAAGGCCUGGUGUCCCGCUGCUGGGAAAACCUCAUCCUGGCCAUGCUGGGCGAGCAGUUCAUGGUUGGCGAGGAGAUCUGCGGCGCCGUCGUGUCGGUCCGCUUUCAGGAGGACAUCAUCUCCAUUUGGAACAAAACAGCCAGCGACCAAGCCACCACGGCCCGCAUCAGAGAUACACUCCGGCGAGUCCUCAACCUGCCCCCCAACACCAUCAUGGAGUACAAGACGCACACAGACAGCAUUAAGUAUAGCCUGGGAAGACUUCCAUGGUCUGGUGAAUGCUAGCGGCGGACGUUAGCCCUUCUGCCGCCACUGACCUCUGCAAGGUUGGAGCACCUUUGGUUUUGUUUCCCUCUGCUCAUCCAUUUUUUGCUUUUUCUAAGCAGACUUGUGUGGCCCUCCUUGUUUACAGGUGUGUGUUUUUUUACUGUGGUGGAUGGAGAGGGCGUACGACUUGUCCGGGUAGCCGCUUGCGUGGAUUGACCGAGCGAAGGCCAGGAAACAAGAGAUGAGGAAAGAGCAUUCCGUCUUUGUGUCCGCUUGGGAGCGACCAGAAAGCGCUUUGAGCAGAAGAGAGGAACUUGGAUUCUUUUUAACUAACCGGAGAGGACGGAAGUCUCCGAUUUUUAUUUGUAAAUUUUAUUUUUUUCUUCCCCCCACCUUCUACUUUUGUAGCAAGUAACACGAUUGACCAUAAGCGGACUGGUGUUCAGCUAUUUGGUCAAAAGCCGCCAAUUCAUCAGCCCUUUUCCAAUUUGGGCGUGUUGACGUCACACGAUUUGCUCUCCUUGCUCUCGGGACUCAAACGGGGUUUGGUGGUACAAAGUUCUUUUUAAUACUGUGCUGUAUUUUAAACUACAAUUCCUCUGUUUGUUUCCAACUUGACUUUCUACUGUUACUUUAUAUCUGUAAAGACAGAUAGAUCUUUAAUGAUGAAAUCAGCCAUGGGUCUCCCUCUCUAACCUGGAAGUGGGAUUCCAGAGGGGGGAAGGAAGGGGUGGGACACGUCCGUCUGCGGGAGAUUUGACACCCACUCGGCAUCUGACCAUUGGACCGCUGUGCUGUUUCUCAACUAGUCCAAGGUCAAAUGGCUGCUGCGCUUUAAUGUCCACGGUUUACAAAACGGACAUCCUCUGCUUUUACCGUUUUGUAAUCAUGAAAUGAAGACGAACGCGGAAGUCCACUGAAGCGCUUGUGAUUCCUCCAUCGGGAAACUGUAAGGCCACCUUUCGUUUGGUGGCGCGGUGACGGGCGCCGUUGUGGAAAGAUUUGGAAAUGUACGGUCGGCUGUCUGCUUGACGGAUGGAAAGCAAUAAAUGAAAAAUAUGCAGCUGCUA